AUGAACAGUACCUGUGACUCAGGUGAGCCCAGCUGGCCCGCCUCGGUCAAGAACGCCGUCUCCGCCUAUGUGGGCCUGCUGCUGGCGCUCGGGCUGCUGCUCAACGGCCUGGCACUUUGGGUGUUCUGCUGCCGCAUGCGGCGGUGGACGGAGACACACAUCUACAUGGCCAACCUGGCGGUGGCCGACCUCUGCCUCCUCUGCGCCCUGCCCUUCUUCCUGUAUUUCCUGAGGGACACGGACAGGGACACGCCCUUCUGCCAGCUCUCCCAGGGCAUCUACCUGGCCAACAGGUACAUGAGCAUCAGCCUGGUGACGGCCAUCGCCGUGGACCGCUACGUGGCUGUGCGACACCCGCUGCGUGCCCGCGCCCUCCGCUCCCCCCGCCAGGCCGCGGCCGUGUGCGUGGCGCUCUGGGUGCUGGUGGCCGGCUCGCUGGUGCUCCGGUGGGCGCUGGGGGUGCAGGAGGGCGGCUUCUGCUUCCUGAGCGGCUCCCGGCACGGCUCCGGCACCACGGUCUUCUCCCUGCUGGGCUUCUACCUGCCGCUGGCCGUGCUGGUCUUCUGCUCCCUGCAGGUGGCCACUGCCCUGGGCCGGAGGCCGGCUGCCGACGCGGCCCAGGUGGAAGCCACCCGGAGGGCCAUCCGCCUGGUCUGGGCCAACCUGGUCGUGUUCGUGGCCUGCUUCCUGCCCUUGCACGUGGUGCUGACGGUGCGCGUGGCCACGAGCCUGAGCACCUCCGCCCUCUGCCACGCCCUCCAAAUCACCAGCAAGCUCUCGUAUGCCAACUGCUGCCUGGAUGCCAUCUGCUACUACUUCACGGCCAAGGAGUUCCAGGAGGCGUCGGCACUGGCCUUGAGGCCCGCCGCCAAGGCCCACAGGAGCCAGGACUCGUUCUCUGUGACCGUGGCCUAG